AUGUGCUUCCAAGAGUUCAUCGGCUACACCUGCGGCCACUGCUCCAUGCCGGUCCUGCGUCCCUGCUCGCUCACCACCUCGGUCCACCAGAACCCCGUCUGCAGCCUACAGGCCACCCGACCCUUCAUCUCCCCAGAAAUGUGCCCGGCAUGCUCCCGCAUCAUGCACACUCGCGCCGUCCUCAUCCAGGAGUGGGAGCACCAUUUCCUCCACGAGCGCGGUGCCUGCGGCUGCGACGUCAUCUUCCCGGACCUCGUUCGCCCAAGGGUCAUCGGCGGUGAGGCUGUUUUCCGGUACCAGGCCAUGAUGGAGCAACAGGAGCAACAGAACAAGGCCGUCAUGGACAACGCACACAGCACUCGCAGCAACAACAACAAUGCUCAGGCCAUGGUAUCUUACUUUCUCCCCCCUACCCCUCCCCCUCAAGACGCCCAGACUGCUCCCCCAAUCUUUCAAGAAGUCCCCGGUCCCGACGGUCAGCUCGCUAUCGCCGUCCGCCUCCCCAGCUUGUACGCCGCCGAGUGGGUUGACGACCACCGCAAGCUCCACCAGCGCGGCGAGUGUUCCUGCAAGGCCGACUUUACUCCUUACAAGCCCGAGUGGGUGGUCCACGAUGGUGGUGUUCAUGACCAACAGCAGCAACAGCAAACCCGGACCCAAGUUGAGUACGCCACCCCCAUUGCCCCAGCUUCGAUGAGCCCCGAGCGCCGCCGCGCCGUCUCGGUUGACAUCGCCCAGACCAUCGUCGCCACCUGCAACGAAACCGAAAACAACUCCGGCAACGAUGUCAUCGAGGUCAAGACACAGGCCAACUACCAUAAGCACCGCCGCUCCUCGAGCGCCGAGGUCACAGCCACUUCCAACUCCAGCGAGGUCGGCAUCGAGACCACCACUUGCGACUUUGCGCACUACGUCGGCGAGGAAGACCAACAGCAGAUACAAGACAUGGCCGCCGUCAACCCCCCUCCCAUGACUCCAACUCACAACUGGGACCCAGCCCUGCGUGCCAUCUCGGCCGACGGCGGCGUCUUCAAGCCCCGGUCUUCAGCCACCGCCAACCAGCUCCAGAACAACGAGGAGCACCAGAUGGAGGUGCACAUGGCCAACAUGCACAUGGGAGCCGGCAUGCAGCCGCAGCAGCAGAGCGUCUGCAGCUUCACCAACCUGACGGGCGGCAACCCCGAAGAGCACCAGCGAUUCCGCAACCCGACCGCCCUCCCCAUCGCCAGCCUGCCCGUCGGAGCCGGACCAGAGGGUCGUCAUCGCCACAUGGUCCCGUAUGAGCAGUGCGUUCUGCGUCGGUAUCCUCCUGGUGUGAGGACUCGGUACUACAACUGA